UUCACCCACUGAGGCUUUACCCAGGAAGACCAGGCCUUGUGACCCUGUCAUUCCUGUCAUUUUGAAGUUUUUAUCUCAAAGGCUUCGUUGUUUUGUUUCAGUUGGAUUUCUGGAAACGUUGCAAUCAUGACGACGGCUGUGGAAGUCACCGGGUUCGUUAUGUGCAUAAUCAGCUGGUUGGUCAACGGAGCGACGCUGUCCAAUGACUACUGGAAGAUUUCCACCGUGUCCGGCAGCGUCAUCAUCUCCGUGAGGCAGUUUGAAAACUUGUGGCACUCCUGCGCCGAGAACAGCGGCGGCAUUGCCGAGUGUAGAGACUUUGAAUCGCUGCUCUCCCUCCCCGCUCACAUUCAGGCAUGUCGUGCUCUGAUGAUUAUCUGUCUGCUACUCGGCCUCGGCUCCAUGAUCGUGUCACUGCUCGGACUGAAGUGCAUCAAGAUUGGCUCGGCCACCGACCAAUCCAAGGCCAAGAUCGCAUUCACCGGGGGAAUCCUGAGUAUCCUUGCCGGUCUGUGCUGCAUGAUAGCCAUUUCCUGGUACGCCUACAGAGUUGUGCAGGACUUCAACAACCCGUUCUUCGGUGGUGUGAAGUUUGAGCUGGGUACCGGCCUCUUCCUGGGAUGGGCUGGAGCCAGUCUGAGUAUUCUGGGUGGAGCUUGUCUCUGCACCGCCUGUAAAAGAGCGUCACCUGGAGGCAAGGCAGCGGGCUACUAUGGAAACAAGCCACAGAAGGUCUACACAGCUACAUCCAAGUCAGAGUCAGAUGUCAAAGCUUACGUCUAAACACACACACACAUGCGUCAUACGAUCUGUAAGGACACUGUUUAGGCUUACUUCAACCUGGUGAUCCUGUUUUACGUAAACUAAAACAACAAAGUUUUAAAAUAAUUUCUUUAUUUGAGGGGACUGGCUGUCCCCAGGUGGGAGGACAGUCCCCACAAUGACUACAAGAACACACACACACUAUUACAUGUACUGUAAACACACCAUGUCCUCUAAUGCCAGGAGAUUGACUGGAAUAUGGACAUGUAGGGAAAUAUUAGC